AUGGAGGCGGACACAACAGGCGACGCUCGAACGGUGGCCCCGACACGGCUGAGGACGGCGCUCAGCUUCCUCGCGGGUCCGCUGCGUUCUGAUGGGCUUAUCGGCGCGCUCUUCUCGAGCGAACCCACCGUGCCCGGCGACGACCCCACGCUCCAACAACUCCUCAUGCUUGCUGCCAUUUUCUGCGGACCCGUCAU